AUGAGGCGGAUAGCAUAUUUUUAUAGCCCAGACUCAGGGAGCUUUCACUAUGGCGCGUCGCACCCAAUGAAGCCGCACAGAAUUGCAGUGACCAACUCAAUUGUCUUUGCAUACGGGCUGCAGCGGUACAUGGACAUCAUUGCCAUAAAGCCUGCGACAAAGAUAGAAAUGGAGCAGUAUCACACGGAGGAGUACAUUGCCUCGCUUAUUUCAGAAGGAUCUGAUAUGCCGUGUGACAGAAUAACAGAUGACUGCCCGUAUUUUGAAGGAGUUGGGGAAAUGUGUGCACUCUACUCAGGAGGGUCUCUGCAGGCUGCGAGGGCCCUUAACCAGAACCAGUACGACAUCGCAAUAAACUGGUCUGGAGGACUGCACCACGCAAAAAAAGGAGGGCCAAGUGGGUUCUGCUACACAAAUGACAUUGUGCUUGCCAUACAGGAGCUGCUUAAAAAGCACACAAAAGUAAUGUACAUAGACAUUGACAUACACCAUGGGGACGGGGUGGAGGAGGCUUUCUACCACACAGACAGAGUCCUAACCCUUUCACUUCACAAAUACGGGGAUAGAUUCUUUCCAGGCACAGGGAACAUCUGCUGCACAGGGAGAGAUGCAGGGCGCGGGACAUCAGUUAAUGUUCCCCUGGACUUUGGAAUAGAUGACGAGUCCUACCACUAUGUCUUUAAGAACGUGGUGAAGAUGUGCAUUGAGUCGUUCUCGCCGAAGGUCAUUCUGAUGCAGUGCGGGUCUGACUCCCUGGCAGGCGACAGGAUAGGAUGCUUUGGGCUGAGUAUUAAAGGGCACAGCGAGUGUGUCCGGUACGUGCGUGACUUCAAUAUUCCCAUGCUUGUAGUGGGCGGGGGAGGGUAUAAGCCAAAGCACGUCUCUCGGUGCUGGGCCUCAGAGACAGCAAUUCUCUGCGGAGUGGAUGUGGAUAAUAAGAUACCACAGAACCCGCACUCAGAGUAUCUGGGGGAGGGGGCUGAGCUAUACAUUAAUCUGGAGUGCGAGUAUGUGAAUAAAAACUCAAAAGAGACUUUGGAGAAAGUCAUAUCGCUAGUCAAGGAUGUGCUUGCCUUGCAGGAAGACAGGCCUGAGUAG